AAGUUGAUCAAAACGACUUCGUUUCGUCUGCGGAUGCUCCCGGGUUGGCCUCCAGGCCUUCCAGGCCACAGGCCUCUACAAAGCUAGAAAAAAGAGACUUGGGAUAUUUUCAGAGACGAAAAAUGGGAGCAAUUUCACUCUUCCCUGUCUCCCUCUCUUGUAUACUGCGACCUCAUUAUUCCCCUUCGCAAACCCAUUUCUCGACUCCCAUUUUUUCUUCAUUUGUAAAUCUCAAAUCAACAAGUUUUCGCAGCAAAACAGUUAUUUCUGGAAGCAAUCCAAAUGAUGCAAAUGAGGCUUUGUCCUUUGACGAAAACGGCCGAGUUGAUGAUAUGGAUGGUUAUCUGAACUACUUGUCCCUUGAGUAUGAUUCGGUUUGGGACACCAAGCCAUUCUGGUGUCAACCGUGGACUAUAACACUGACUGGAGUAGUGGUGGUUGCCUGUAGCUGGCUAAUUUUGCACUCAAUAAUGGUCACUGCUGUUGUUCUCUUUCUAAUUUGCACGUGGUGGUACAUCUUUCUGUAUUCUUAUCCCAAGGCAUAUUCAGAUAUGAUAGCUGAGCGUAGGCGGAAUGUGACUCAUGGCGUUGAAGACACAUUUGGUUUUGGAAGAAAUACCAACGAUUUGAGAUAGAAGCGGUUGCUGGAUCUGUUAAAGGCAACAGGGCUUAAAGGUGUGAGUGUCUCAUUAGGUUGUAUUCACAGGGAAAGAUCUGUGAUGCAGCGAUUGGAUUGUGUCUUUCAUGCCAUUUUGAAGACCAAUAUAAAUGCAUUUUAGCGAAUAGGAACUGUCUAGUUACACAAGUCCUUGUUUUGAUUUUGAGGAAAAGAGAGGGUAAAUAAUGUCAGGUCAGACCUGCGUAUCAUUGUAAUUUUUAUAAAGCAAUGUUGGCACUACAAAGCCAUUUUCUAUUGUUUAAAAA